AUGAUUCUAAACGGCUGCACGAUGAACCUCUGUCAGAUCCAUUACCCUCGCCAUUUGGGAAUAAAGCAAGUUUAUUUAAAAAAUAAGCUACUCGACAAUUUGAAUAACUUCUUCCCGAAUCCUGACGAAACAUUGGAAAUAUUUGGUCCACGUGAAAACAUGCCUUCACCUCCAAUCCCAGAGACGAACUCUGUCAUUGAACCAAUGCCUAUUCCGAUGACGCGAGAAAGAAUAUUUCCUCAUUCCCAAAAUCCAGCACAAAACUCACUUGAUCAUAACCCUUUCCCAACACUCAUUCCAACGGAGGCAUCUGUAUCGAUGUCAGACCCUCCUGGAGCAAUACUACCACCUCCUCCACCUCCACCUACAACGAAGAAAAGCGUUAACACUUCAUCUGUUGCUCCUAUACAACUGUUCAACACUGCCGAUUGA